AAAUCUCCGCAGACGACCGACAUCUUUCUCUCGGUGUGACUUGUAGUGCAAAAAGCAGGGUCCUCCGUUUCAGCCAGCGAAAAAUUCCAGCCGAAGCAAACGAAAAUGCUGUCCAGAGCGGUGCUUUUGUCAGCUGCCAAGAAGCCAGCAGCACUUGUUCUGGCUCGCGGUGCAGCCAGCCAGCCUGAACGUCCGAAGCGGCCUGAGCAUGGUGGAAAAGUUCGUCUCGGUUUCCUCCCCGAAGAGUGGUUCACCUUUUUCUACAACAAGACGGGAGUUACCGGACCGUACGUGUUUGGUGCCGGACUCUUGACGUACCUGUGCUCCAAGGAAAUCUACAUCAUGGAACACGAAUACUACAACGGUCUGUCGCUGGCCAUUAUGGUUGUGUACGCCGUGAAGAAGUUUGGUCCUUCCCUGGCCGGUUAUCUGGACAAGGAAGUCGACAAAAUCGAAGAUGAGUGGAAGGAGAGCCGCGAGAACAACAUCCAGCAGUUGACUCAAGCCAUCGAAGACGAAAAGAAGGAACAGUGGCGUGCUGAAGGCCAGACGAUGCUGAUGCAGGCCAAGAAGGAGAACGUUGCCCUUCAGCUGGAAGCCGCCUAUCGCGAACGUGCAAUGAACGCGUAUCAGGAGGUGAAGAAGCGUUUGGAUUACCAGGUCGAGCGCCAGAACGUGGAUCGUCGCAUCUCGCAAAAGCACAUGGUUGACUGGAUCGUAAACAACGUGGUAAAAUCGAUCACGCCCGAUCAGGAAAAGGAGAAUCUAAACAAGUGCAUUGCUGAUCUUGGUGCACUGGCUGCUAAAUCGAAGUAAGCCAUGUUUUAGCGUUUCUGUUAGGGCACAGAAUUGAAAUCAACAAAUUGUUAGCGAAUGUGCAAUGCGCACUGCGUAAGACGUCUGCGGGUAUCUUGAUGUAGCUACCAACAACACGUCUAAGUAAUAAACGAUAUCCGAUACUUGUCA